GCUGGAAAACACCUUCGGCAUGAUCCAGUCUGAGUCAAUGGACCUGCAAAACGAUCCUCGGUUUUUUCAGGGCAACAUCCUCAACAAGAGGCUGUCUGCCUUUGCCCAGCUCAGCGUGGUGUCCAGUUUGAUGGUGGGCGCCUGCAGCCACGUCAUCGCAAUGAAGAAAGAAUUCAACUUCGUCACCGUCGAAGGCUGGCUGCGGGUCAUCAGCUUCAUGAUGAUGAGCGUCGUGCUGAUUUUGAACAUCAUUGCAACUUACGUUGGCAUGGCGCAAACUUAUCAUACGUAUCGUCUGGAGACUGCGGGGCCAACAGGGUUUGAGAUUGCGACCAGCUAUUACUUGAACCCCAACAUCGUGGCUUGGAGGCACAUUGCUGUCAAAUGCCUGCUGAAUGGCCUCCCUCUCUAUUUGAUCUCCACGGGCAUUCGCGUCUCCAUGAGCUUUGAGACCGAGGAAAUCCAAUCUAUGUCAAAAGGGAACUCGCGCAUCCUGGGCGGAGUCGUUCUCGGGGUCUUCGUCAUCUCAGGCAUGCUCAUGCACUACAUCCACUCGAAGCACCAGGCAGUCUUCAGGGGCAACUAUGAGUACGCCAAGGUCACCGAGCGCCCGUACAUUGAGAAGGUCAACGAGCUGAUGGUCUCCCAGCGAAACCGGGGUCCGAGAGCACCGGAUGUGUAA